AUGGCUGAUUCUGAUAAUUUUUUCACACUAGAAUCCAACAGAGAAAUCUCCCCAAUAGAAGCUUAUGAAGAUAUCCCAUUAAGAGAGCCUCUUUUAGAGGUUUUAGAUGAGGAAGAAAUAAGAGAGCGUCCUCUUCCGCUUCACAAGCAUUGCUUGCGUACAUUUCUUGAAGAGCGCAGAAUUAUUUUAUUUUCUCCUCCUGCAACUGGGAAAGGCUCUCUUCUAGCUUUAGCUAUAUUUCAGCUCUUUGACUCUCGCCGUAGACUUCCGCAAGUGUUGAUUCUUGAGUCAAGAAAGUAUUUAGUUAGUGAAAUGUACAGAACUCUACAAAAAUGAGGAAAGCACUUUACUCCUUCUAUAUUGCAAACUACAGGAGAAUCCAAUUUUGCGGUAGACUUAAAUACAGCAAAAACUGCACAAAUUAUUGUUGGGACAACCGGAAGAAUUUUGAGCAUGGUCAACAAAAGGCGUGAUUACUUCAAUAUGGUCGAAAUCGUCGUAAUAGACGCUGGAGGUGGUUUACAAAGAAAUAAUUCUUAUCAAGAAUCUCAAAGGAAAAGUCAAUAUGAUGAAGGUCCAACACCUAUAGAAGUCCUAAAAAGGCUCCAUGAAAAUGUCAGAACUUGGUGGAUUUCUUGCUAUAGAGAUCAAGAUUUUAUAGAAAAAAUUUGCCGCCAAACAAGGGAUCCUAUUAUAUUGAACACUGCUUUUACAGUUCCUGUGCCAGAAGGAAUGAUUCAUUAUAAGGUUAGUUAUAGGAAUCCUGACGAAAAGCUUCAAAAAUUAAAGACUUUACUAAAUAGAAGCCCAAGAGUGCAGAAGGUUAUUUAUUGUAGAAGUGAUGAGACAAUGAUGGAUUUGCAAAGUGAGCUUGAGGAAAAAUGGAGCACUUUUAUAUUGAUCCAUAGCAUGGAAAAUAAAAAUUUGGUGCAGCUCCUUCAAGAGUUCAAAAAUAAAGGAUUUUUAAUAUGCAUUUGUGCAUCAAAAAGAUAUAUAAUUAGGCAAAUUGAUACAUUAGAUCCUAUUGAAGUUUAUAAUUUCGAUAUGCCAAAAAAGCAUGAAAAAUAUAUCAAAAGAAUAAGAAGAAAUGGCUUUCUAAAGUGUGAUACAAUCUUUUCUUUUGUUUCUUCUGAAGAAGAUAGAGAAAUGGUAAGUGAAAUUGAAAACUCGUAUAGCUAUCGGAUAGAUGAGUUUGAGUCCAACCUUAAUUAG